AUGCCACCGUUGAAGAUGGAGAUUGUCCGCGACCGACACUCCAAAUGCUGUUCCCGGUGUGUGAACUGGUUUGGAUCGCCAGAGACAGCUAUCGGCCCUAUGAAAGACAAUUGUUCCUCGAAUCUACGAGGCAUCUCCGAGGAGAUGUUGGUUUCGCUGCUAGGAUUCGCUGAGACUGACGGUGACGUGAUCGAUUAG